CCAACUACCAACUUAUCACUGUUGACCUUUUGUUCCGCAGUGUGUACUUCACCUUUCUGUGACCACCAUGAGGAGGAAACUCUAGAUCCCAUUGACCACCACAGUGUUGGCAAAAACCUCUAAUCUAUGGAGUCUCCAGCAACAACAACAACGAUCCCAGAGGCGGUCUUCGUAGAGAUCAUCGUGAGAUUACCGUUAAGAAGCAUCGCCAGAUUCAAAUCGGUCUCCAAACGAUGGAAAGCGUUGAUAGAAUCGUCCUAUCUCCGCCGCGUCUUCGUCUCCCUUCACAAACAAUCCUCAUCCUCCUCAUGGUCUCUCAUGUUCGGAACCGACUAUCCUUACCCCAUAGCAGAAGCUAUAGGCCUCCACGGAUGCAAGACAUGGGAUCUUCCCAGAUCUCUAGGCUCUUACAUCACGCCUUUUCAACCUCACCCCGAUCCCCGCGCCCGCGUAUACUAUAUAUCUUCUUCCAACGGAUUGAUCUGGAUCGAUGUGUUCGUUCAUCGUACCGACGUCGAGACUUUCCCUUACAAGACCUUUGUCGGAAACCCGGUUUUACAGCAGUGGGUUGAGAUCCCCCCGCCUCCUCAAGAGUGUAAACAUACUGCUCUGGUGACUCGUCUGGACGAGGACGGCGUCGUUUCCAGCUUCAAAGUGGUCAGGACAUGUGACCCUGAUGAGAGUGUUGCACCAAACGAAUGGAGAGUGUAUGUGUAUUCUUCCGAGACAGGGUUAUGGAGUUUCAAGCGGCUUAUGUCCUCUGUUCCUGUUCAGUACACUUGCUAUUACCCUCCUGUCAAUGUCGAUGGGGUGAUUUAUCGGUGGGAGAGGAUAGUGGAUAAUAGCGAACCCGGAAGCCUUUUAGCGUAUGACUUCUUCGGUCCUGAAGACGGUGAUGAUUGUUGUCAGGUUAUACCUCUCCCUCUUCCGUAUAACGAAGACGUUAGGAGAUGUUUGACUGCCUCAGGAGGAGAUGUUGUCUACAUUGAGGUACUUGAUGGAAUAUUGAAAGUCUGGACGCUAAAUAAAAACAAAAACGGUUCUGGGGGGAGUAGUAGUGAAUGGUGGCACUUGUCAGGGGAAGAAAUCAACUUGGUGUCUGCGGUGGGAUAUGAUUUGGAUUGCUUUCCCAUGGCGUUGAACCCUUUUAAUGCUGAUAUCGUCUAUGUGUGGAGUUGUCAGGAUAGUUGUUUGGUGUCAGGUAACUUGAAGACCCAAGAGUUUAUUGUUCAUCAAGGGUCAGAGAGUCGGUGGAGUAGCGGUGAAGGUUGUUAUUGCGCGAAAUCAUACCUUUCUAGUGGGUACAUAGAAGAUAAUCACAACAUAACUUCGGUGCUCAUGUUAUCUCAGUUUGUUCUCCCACAGUGGAUGGAUCCUGUACCCCGUCUGCCUAACUGAACAUCCUUUCUGUACCUUUCUAAAGGGUAUAUAUACUUUUGGCGCAUAAGCAUAUAUCGUUAUCCCAGGUGGCUCCCACGAUGGACGGAUGGAUUCAAAGUCUCAUCCGCCAAGUUGAGUUUGUAACUUUUCUGUUGUUUCUUGCAAAAGCUUAUUUCCGUGUUUCAAUGUAUUAUGUUCCGUCUUUGUCACAACUUGCCGCUCUAUCA